AUGGAGCAAAGAAAGCCAAGUGACAGCACUACAAUUGGGAAAGUAGCAGCUCAUGUCCCCGAUCUCAUCGUAUAUGGCGAUUUCUCCCAGGAGGUGCCUUUCAUUGAGAGUUUUGGUGGAGUAUUGCUUUUUGCAGACAUUUCAGAGAUGCUGAUUUAUGGAGGCAAUAUCUUGAACUUUGCAGGGGAUGCACUGCUAGCAUUGUGGAAAGUGCAACGAAGCCGGCUGAGCGAUAUCAUUACACUGGUGCUGAAAUGUAGCCUGAGGAUCCAGGAAGGGUAUGGGGUUCGUGAAAGUGAAGUGGGUCUGAAGCUCCAAGUGAAGAUAGGGCUAUCUGCAGGUCACAUCUCCAAAGUUGUUGUUGGAGACAAUAAGCACCAAUAUUUUCUGGUAAUUGGCCGAGCAGUGGAUGAAGUUCGGUUGGCCCAAAACCUAGCAAAAGCAAGCGAGGUUAUUCUAUCGCCGAAAUGCUGGGAACUCUGUAACAAGAACAUGAUAGAAAUAGAAACAAUUAAAGAUCAAAGAUCUGUUAAGGCUAGAUACAUAAAGAACAUCUCUGAGAUUGAGUUCGACGAGUUCUUCUGGAAAUGUACUGAAUACCUACAGCACUACCCCACGGGUGAAAGUAUCCUCAGAGCAACCUCCACAUUGUCUCCUAAUGAUGAGCUGGAGAAGUCCCUCCGGAAGUAUGUGAUGAGAAACAUUCUGAAGAAGACUGACGACAACCAACCUCUAGAAUAUUUAUCUGAGCUUCGGCCGGUCACAAUUGUCUUUGUGAACCUGCAGUUUGACGAAAGCGCCAAUACCUUGCAUCUGUGCAAGGCCAUCCACGAUGCCAAUGUGAAGAUCUCAAACAUCAUCCACGUCUUCAGCGGCAAAAUCAACAAAGUCUUUAUGUUUGACAAAGGCUGCACAUUCCUGUGUGUGUUCGGGCUCCCUGGGGAUAAGCAGGCUGACGAGAGCGCCCACGCCUUGGACAGCGCAUUUAAAAUCUUCAACUUCUGUUCUGAGAUGCUCAUGAAAAUAAAAAUGAUUGGCCAAGCGUAUCUCACCAAGGAGAGGUCUGAGUAUUACCACUUACUGGGAGCUGAUGAAUCUCCUGGUUGGCAGGCUGGUCAGGAAAAAGAGCUUGAAAUCUAUGACACUUUAUUGAAAGGAUUUGUGGCGUCUACAGAAGGCCGCGUCAUAAUGUAUGAAGGCCUUAUGGGCUAUGGAAAGAGCCAGUUACUUGCUGAAAUUGCCUACUUAGGCCAGGAGGCUGGCUACAACCACCAAGCACGGCCGCCUUGUGUCUCUGCUGCAAACAUCAUUAACAGCACAAAGACCACCUACGUUCAGCUGCGGGAGCUAAAACCCUCUGUGAUCCUGCAAAAAGCCUGCCAGGACCUUGGGGUGGUCAGCAUCUCCCGGGAGCUAGAAAUGUUCUUGAUACAGAGAAGCCAUGGAAUCCCAUUUUACUGCGAGGAGUUGCUGCAGAACCUCCAUUUAAAGAACAUGCUCAUCUUCCAUCUUUGGGAGGAGGAGGAAGAAGUAGAUGAUGAGUGGGAAGGCCUUUUCACCAAUGCCAUCAAGGUCAUCCCCUCCAAAACGGAAUCGCUAUCCAGCUCAGACAAUGAAUUGUACAUUUGCACCAUUCGCCAGAAUGUUACGUUGCAAAAUAUUAUGCUGCCCCCUACCUUAAAAGGCAUCGCACUGGCUGAGUUAGACAACAUGAGCUCUUCGGAGCAGCUGGUAGUGACGUGUGCGGCUAUCAUCGGGCUGACUUUCACGACUGAGCUGCUGCUCCACAUCCUUCCCGAAUGGACCAAGAGGAAGAUGAAUCAGACGCUUGCAGCCCUGGUGGAUUCCCACAUCUUCAAGUGUUUUAAUAAAAGAAAGGACUCCCAGAAAGCACAAUCACAGGAUAUGCCCUCCACAGAGUUACUUGUUUGCCCCGGGACGGUGAGACCAAUUGGACAAGUGUCAGAUAGUCGCUCUUCUGUUUAUAACCGAAUCAAGCAAGAGCAGCUGGUGAUACAAUGCGGCGUCAUGGCGUUUUGCAUGCCACUGCUGCAGGAAGCGGCCUACGAGUGCUGGCUGAAGAGCCAGAAGAAAGCCUUACAUCUCAAGUGUGUGAGCUAUCUAGAAGGGCAGGCUCACAAAUGCAGACGCUGCGGAGAAGGGGACUUCAUUUCAUUUCACCGCCACACCGUGGAAAUGAUGCUGGAGAGCAUCGAGUCUCAGGAAAACAUUUCUGAGCAGCACAAGGAAUACCCAUUCAGCGAAGCAGCCUCACUGAUCAUUUACACAACCCUGAAAAGGCUUCAGGGUCCUUCAUUUGAAGGGAUGGAGAGAAAAGCUGUGACAGCCGAGGCUUCCCUAACCAGCACAUGCUCCCCUGAAAGUGUCCAGAGGACAAGUGAAGGUAAAACGUCCCAUCAGAUACAGAACUCACAAGCUGAAGAGAUAGAGAAGGAGUUUCUGGAAAGGCUGGACGAGAUCAUUCAGCAGUCUGACAGGGAUUGGGAGAAGAUCAAGCGCUUGGGAUCCUGCGGAUGUGAAGAGAUUGUGGAGUCUGUCUUUGUGCCCCUGGCCCGGCACUGCAUGGCGAUGGGAGAAUACGCCAGAGGCUUGUAUUACUUGUUGGAGUGUGCAGCGGCUUACUUACAUCUGUCAAACAACUACAUGGCCUUUUGCAAUUUGAAUACAGCAGAGAAUCUGAUCAAAUCGGUGGACUUCAGAGCGACUGUAAUUAACCAGUUUGAGGAAGCUACCUUCUACAGCCUGAAGGUAGCAAUAGUGAGAUCUUUGUGCUGCUGUGAUCUGCUCUGGCUAAAGAUGUGUCUCUUGUGUGACAGAGAGAAGAAAUUAGCUUUCUUGUACCAGCAGGGCUGCUGCCUUUCCUUAUUGUGGCAACUUUUCAGCCUGGACACUGCUACAAACAGCAAGAAGUUCUGUCACCUGGCAGCAUUCAUGAAGGUGAACUCAGCAGAGGAAUUGGAUGAUGAGAGCCAGAUCAUUUCAUCCUAUACGGAAUUCUCACUCUGCUGCCAGAUGAUGGGUUACCAAGAUGAAUGGAUGAAAUAUGAGCUGAUGGCCAUCCAGCGUAGCUCUCACCUCCGGGUUAUCGGAGGAGGGCUAUUAACAACAGUUAAAUUAGCACAGUCAUUGGCCUAUAUGAAGCUCUGCUUGGGUAACCUGCCCUUAUCUAUUCAAUUAGGCUAUCGAGCCCAUGAAAUGUGUGUGCGUCUGAAGAAACCGAAGCUGGACUAUCUGGUUCUCUGCAGGCUCUUCAAAGCUCUCUUUCUGAGGUCUAGGUACCAAGAUUUUGUGCAAGUACUGAGCUGGCUGGAGAAGUUGGCUGUUGUGGGGGAGAGAAUCAUUAGGAUGGCUUGUUUCUUUUCUUACUGUUUAGAACUCUUGCUUUAUGCUGGAUUUUCAUUUAAGUCAUUUAAAGAGUGCCUGGAAUUCAUAAAACGCAAUGAAAAAAACUGCAUCCUUAUGUCUCAGAACAGCAUCAUGUUGGGGCUGUAUUCAUCCCUGGCCAUUUGGUUUGCCAGACUUCAGCAGUGGGGCAACUUCAAGGAGCCUUUUGAAAAGGCCAGAAGGUUGCUGAGGAGAACUAGCGCCUCAUUCUUUGCUACCUGUGGAUUCUGUAGAUUCUUGGAGUGUGAGAUCCUUAUGCUACGGAAACACAUUGAGGAAAAGCCUGAAUUGGUCUGGGCGACUCGUAAUAAGAUCCUAAAGGACUUGGACCAGGUUCUCUCUCGAUGCUCCACAAGCCCUAUCUGUUACCCUAGGGUUUACCACCUGAAAGCCUAUAUCCUCCUGGUGUUGGGCAAUGAAGAACAGAGCCAAAUCUACCUAUCCCAAGCAUUCCAACUCUGUGACAUAUAUGGAAACCUCCUGGAGAAAUCCUGGCUGGAGAUCAGCCAUGAGUGGUGGUUCACUGCAAAAGGCCCCAUGGAAGACUUAUGGCUGAAGGCCGCACCAGAUUUUCCCAAGUGGGAAAUAGGAAUGACAGAGAAAGACUUUCCAGAGAUCCAUAAAACCAAGUACUUGCUGCGGGUGCCAGCAUUGGAUAUUAACAAUCCUUUCCCAGAACCUGAGAUCCCCGAUGUCUGAGCUGCAUGUAGUUCUGCCCAACUGGAGCAAUUUGUAAGCCUUUCUAGCCGGCACUGCCCAAAUUUGUAAGCAUUUAUGAUAUUCCUACGGUACACAUAACAACACCUGCUCUCUGCAAAGCCUUCUGUAUUUGCUCAUCUCUUCCUUUGGUAAAUGUAGGUUCUAAUGUCUCACCGUGGCUUAGACCAUUUUUCCUCACUGUUACUGCAGAGUUUAAUUAUCUCUUCAUUAUAGUAAUUUAUUCCUUUAUAACCUGGAACAGAAUCUAGUGCUAUUCCCAAAAAGGAAAGUGUGAUGGGCUGGAUCACAGAACUCCCCCUGAGAGCUGCCAACCGAUGUGCCAAGACUACUUCUAUCCCUGUUUUCCUUGCCAGCUCAGGACUCCAGCACCCUGUCUUGCUGAGCCAGACACUCCCGUCUGCUCCAACACAAACCCAGGGUCUGAAUUACUUGCCCCAAAGCUGCAGGUUUACCUGAAAACAGCUCACAGAAGUGUGCUUGUCUUUAGCACUCAGAUGCCCAACUCCCAAUGGGGUCUAAACCCAAAUAAAUCCGUUUUACCCUGUAUAAAGCUUAUGCAGGGUAAACU